CCCAAACACAUUCAUGCCCUGCGCGAGAACGAGGGACAGGGCGCGACCGACACCACCAAGGAAAUUCCGAGUGCUGCCUUGCACUGCCUAGCUUCCUCGAGGUAUAAGUAUACCUGGGAGUCUCGAUUCCCGUCUUCUCUGUUCCACUCCCCCAUCCCAUCAUUGACGCAACCGGAAGAGUCAAGUCUCUUCCGUCCUGCGCUUCGCUCCCGAACUUUGGUUCCUUCUUGCCAACCCCCCGUCUUGUUAUUACUCGAACAAAGUCGUUCAGGGUCCCCCUGCCAGAGACAAUGGAGGCCCCUCACAAGUGCGAGUAUCGCAUUCGCGAUCUCCCAACCCGCUCCGUUACCCUCUUCCCCACUCGAGCUCAGGUCGUGCGAGAGAUCAAGGACGUGGCCCUCAAGCCCGGCGCAAACGAGAUCACGAUUGUAGGCCUGACCCCUACUGCCGAUGAGGACUCCAUCAAGGUCGAGGGAACCGGCGCAGCCAUCAUCACCGACAUUGCCGUCACGCUCCUGCCCAACAACGACAUCUUCGAGGAUAUUUACCCCGACUCCGAUGACGACGAGGACAAGGACACGUCGGAAGACGACGAGGAGGAGGAUGAAGCCGAGGACAUCAAUAAGGCCUUGGAAGAUGUGCGCGACAACAUCACGAGCCUCAGCGACGAGCAAAAGCGCGCCAAGGAGAUCAUUGCGAGCGCCGAGAGCCGGCUCAAGAUGCUUGAUGCCUAUGGCGUCUCUCUCGACAAAAGGCGCAACGUCGACAUCGAGACGGGCGUCGAAACCUACCGGAAGGAACGCGAGAAGGUUUUCCAGGACCAUAUGGAGGGCAUCAUCCGCGACCGCGAGUUGACCAGGGAUAUCUCCAAGCUGCGAUUGGAGCAGCGGCGCCUCGAAAAGUCCGAGCGCAAGGAGAAGGACAAGGCUGCAAAGGCCAAGGCGAAGGUGCAACGUGCCAAAGAUAAACUCAAGGAGAAGCUGCGCCGGCGCGAGGAAGAGCGACUGAACGAGAAGACUCGAGUCCGAACGGAGCGCGAGCAGUUCUGGCCUCGAUCUUGUUACACCGUGCGCAUCACCCUCGAUGCCACCAGCUUCUCCCCAACACCGUCUCGCCGGAGUUCUAUUGCCAGCGCUAGCGACAUUGUCAAAAUCGUUUCCGAGAAAGAGGGCGGGCCCCCGUCGGAAGACUUUACUUGCAGCCUCUCUCUUUCCUAUGUCACCUCGUCCGCUUUUUGGUCUCCCAGUUACGACCUUGCUCUCUCAACCACCACGAGUAGUGCCCUGCUUUGCUUCGAUGCCCAGCUGACCAACAUGACAUCUGAGACCUGGGAAAACUGCAAGGUUAUUCUCAGCACGUCGCAGACCACGUUUUCGGGCCUCAAGGAUGAUAUCCCGAUCCUUCAGCCCUGGCGUAUCAAACUUGCUGGAAAAGGGAACGGCACACUGGUCAACGAUGCCGUGCAGAGCCGCGAGGAGCGGGCCGAGCAAAAUGUCUGGCAGACCUCGCUGAAUUACUACCAAUCGCAGAAGCCUCGAGCUGAGCUUUUUGGUAUCAAGGGGUCGGUCAACCCGUACAUGCAGGCCCACGUCCAGGCCAAGGCACAGCAGAUGCAGCAGAUGCAGCCGCAGCAGCAGCAAAUGCAAAUGCAAAUGCAACAGCAGCAUGUGCAACAGAUGGCGUAUCAACAACAUGGGAGGACAGCCUACAGGUCGGCACCUCCACCGCCCGGUGCGAGUCUUUUCGGAUCGGUAGCCCCGGCGGCCCCGGCACCUACUGCGUUCGGUGGCGGCGGUUUCGGAGCUGCGGCAAACUCGAACAUAGGCCCCACCACCCUAUCCGAUGCUCUUGCAGCCGCCCCUUUGAAGAGGAAAGAAGUGUCACGCCGUGGAGGCGGGAGAUUCUUCGCUGAGGAUGACGAUGAGAAUGAGGACGACGGGGCAACAAUGCUCGAACCAACGCCUGCUCUGGAUUUCCAGGAAUCGUCUUUCGAGGAAACGGGGCUCACCGCUACGUAUGACCUGCCCAAUCUCAAAACACUAAAGCCCAGCUCGACGGCCUCCAAACAACGCGUGGCGCGUAUCUCGUUCUCCAACGUUCAAUUUUCUCGCACCGUAGUCGCCAAGUACAGGCCUGUGGCGUAUCUCAAGGCGCGGCUUCGCAACACGAGCAAACUUACCCUCCUCCGCGGGCCGACAGGUCUCACUCUGGAUGGUACAUUCAUGGGACGCUCAAGGCUACCGCGUGUGAGCGCCGGGGACAUCUUUCCCCUUAGCCUAGGCGUCGAUCCGGCCAUCCGCGUCAUCUACCCCGAGCCCGACGUCAAGCGCAGCACGACAGGCGUUUUCACCAAGGGUGACAACUCGGUGUAUACACGCACCAUCACAAUUGCCAACACGCGCGCCACAGCCGGCAAGCCUGUCAACCUCACCGUGUUUGACCAGGUCCCCGUGUCCGAGGAUGAGAAGCUCCGCAUCGACAUCCUGCAUCCCCGCGGCAUGACGAUCGCCGCCGCCGACGGAAUCCCCACGGGACGCCCUGGCAGAGACGCGAAAGAAGAGAAGGACUGGGGCAAGGCCUCGGCAGUGCUCAAGAAGGGCGGCGAAGUGUCCUGGGAUGUCGAGCUCAAUGCUGGCCGCUGCGUCAAGCUCAUGCUCGAGUACGAGGUUGCACUGCCUGCAGGGGAGCGUGUCAUGCAGUGCGACUAGAUGUAGGUCGGCCCCCCAAAUGUACUGGAUUUGGGGACUGUGUUAGGAUAUCAAGAUGCUCAGGGACAAAAGGAAAGGCGGAUUAUUGUUGGGCAUUUACUCAGAUAUCUUGAUCACACCACUUGUAUAAUCAAUUACACAUUUGGCGAUAAAUCUAUUUCUCUUGUGGGCUUGAACUUUGCAUUACAGGGCUUUGCAUGUCACUGUAUGUAGCUAGCUAGGGACCUUAGUGACUCAGAGGCUUGUGAGACUAGGAACCUUUCGAGUUUACAAGUCUACAGAGUGCCACUAGGUAAUAAGUAUAAGCCAGUUAUUUCAUUAUUGUGAUAUAUCCGUAAGUUAUUAGGGCCUGAAGG